AUGCAGUACAUGCAGCUUUCUAUAACUAAAUCAAACCAUAUCCUGCUGAAGGUGGUGAUCCAGGGAAAUUCCUACAUAGUAGAUGCUGGUUUUGGUGGUGCCUACCAGAUGUGGCAGCCACUGAGGCUGAUUUCUGGGAAGGAUCAACCCCAGGUCCCUGGAAUCUUCUGCUUCACAGAAGACAACGGCACCUGGUACUUUGAGAAAGUCAAAAGGAAGCAUUACAUUCCUGAGCAAAGUGAGACUCCCCACUUCACUGACACUCCAGGAGUGGGGAACAUCAGAAAAAUAUACAGAUUCACUCUUGAGCCACGACACAUAAAUGACUUUCAGGAGUUAAACACGUACCUACAAGUGUCUCCAGAUAACAUACUUCAGAAGAAGUCAAUCUGCAGUCUCCAGACCACGGAAGGGCUCAUUGCCUUGGUUGGAUGGACCUUGACUGAGGUGAAGUAUAACUACACAGAGGACACGGACCUGAUGUGCAUCACAACUCUUACAGACGAAGAGCUUGAGAAGACACUGAAGGAUAAAUUCAAUAUAGUGCUGGAGAACAAACUUGUACCAGUAAAUGUUCGUGGCUUGCCACCUAAUUUAGUGGAUAAGAUCUAAUUCUAGCACUGUGCUGGAUGGAUCUGUAAGUAUCCAACAGAAAAGUUCUAAAAGUAACAUUAAUUACAUUAAUUGAUUCUGAAGUUGAACUAGACACAAAGCUUUGUAAACUUAAGUGCCUUGCUAGUUAAAUGCAUAUACCAUUUGCAUAAUUUUUCUUAAGCUUCUCCCUCUUUGGAAACUAAGCCAUCUUACCACCUCUGAUUUGCUCAUAUGGAAAUUGCUUUUUGACUCCUUACCAUUUUGUUCCACCCCUCUGGAACUCAUUUUAUUGCAGGUAUAUUUUGUGUCAGAGGAGGCCAAAAUGAUAAAGAAGGAGAAGUUGUGUUACCAUUUUACAUAGAAGACUUCUAACCCUUUCUGGUGUUACUUCCAGUCUUCUCAGCAGGGUUUUACAAAUUAUUCACUUCCUUUAAAAAUCUGAAAGUAGAGCUGAAUUUGGCUUUCAAAGACUGUCCAGAAAAAAAGAAAGGUUAAGAGUUUCUCAAAACAAGACACCAUUACGUGCUGAUUAGGUUAUGAUGAGAUAAAUUGAAAGACUUCCUAUUCCCUUAUCAGGAAUUGACUUAAAGUGAGCUAUUUACACAAAGGCAUCUGAACCCCCCCAGAAGCUGUCUAAUUUUGAGCAUCCCAUUUUUUCUGAGUCUGAUAUCUCUGUGUCUCUAA